CCAGCCUCCCACACAACAACCCCAUUGAAGCCAAAGGGCAACGCGGCAGGGUUUGCCUAGGGCGUGGCAGCUGCAAAUAAAGGCAGGACUCAGGCUUAGCAGCCGCGUUCUCUCCCUUCUCUCCUGGAACUUUCCAAGCAGCCUGGGGAGCCACACAGGCCAGCUGGCUGACAUGCAAGAGGUGACACUGAGCCUGUUCAUCCUCCUGGCAGCAGGCCUGCCUGCCUUGGACGCCAAUGACCCAGAAGAUAAAAACAGUCCUUUCUACUACGACUGGCGCAGACUCCGGAUCGGCGGGCUCAUCUGCGCCGCGGUUCUGUGCACCAUCGGCAUCAUCGUCCUCAUGAGUGGGAAAUGCAAAUGCAAGUUCAGCCAGAAGCCCAGCCACCAUCCAGGGGACGCCCCACCUCUCAUCACUCCAGGCUCUGCCCAGAACUGUUGAGGAUGGAUCAGCCGAAAGGACACAGAGGUCCCUUCUCUUCCUCCAAUUCCUGGCUCUGCACAGGAAUCCGGAUUCCAGGAUGGAAUUCUCCCUCCUCCCCUCAGAGCACCUUGCCAGGGCCUCACUUUACCUCUCACCGGAGGGGUCUUUUUGUUCAAUUUUUUUUUCCUAAACAUGGAUCUUGCCUCCUUAUUCUUCUUCUAAAAAUUGAUUAGCCCAAGUA